GGGGGAGAUGUCUGAGUGAGUCCGAGGGAACCGGUGAGAGAGAGGGAGAGAGGGAGAGACGAGGCUGGUGUAAAAAUACUAGAAAUAGACUUUGGACAAGUUAGGCAGCGGACAAGAAGUGUGGCCUUUUUGCUGUGCGCAUUUUUUCCCCCGAGGAGGGAAAAGUCAAAGUUCCGCGUUGGGAUCAAACCAAAACAACAACACGGGAGGGGAACGCGACGAGACUUUUACGCAGCGCUGUGAAUUCUUCUUCUUCUUCCUCUCGUCCCACGACCCCGCUGUGUCUCCUUAAGUAAACCAUCGGUCCUGCUUUCUUCUUUGCUCCUCUCUGCGGAUUAUCACUUUUUUUUGUGUGUGGGUGGUGGGAAAAAGCGCACCGCUUUGGAUCUUGGAGCUGCGGAGAUGCGGUGAUGGAGCCCGGCGAUCUCCCCAAGACGACUGCUCCUCUCCCCGCCGGCGCGUCACGACGGACCAUGCGCGGGCUCGUCUGGUCCCCGUGGACCCUCGCCGUCCUCCUGUGCGCCUGGACGAGGCCCGCGAGCGCCGGGUCCCUGACAGAUUUGGAGUUUGAGCGGAGUCCCGCCACUGUCAUCUCUUCGCUGGGCAAACCCGUCAGGAUGCACUGCACCCUGAAGGGUUCGGGGGGCGAGGAGGAGGACCCGCCCGAUGUGCUCUGGCUGAGAGACGACGUGCCACUUCAGUACGCAGACACCAACCAGUUCCAAGGUCACACUGGCAGCAACAGUUGGACGAUCAUAAGCACGCUGAGCAUUGAGAAGGUCCAGCUUCCUGACAUGGGCUCCUACCGAUGUGCAGUUCAGUCAGCGAGCCACCGGAUUAUGUCCGAGGAGGGGAGCAUCCAGCUGGAGGGCCUUCCUCAUUUCUCCGUGGAGCCCCAGCACAUGUUUGUAGUGGCCAACGUGUCCAUGAGCCUGAGCUGUGUGGCCCACGGACCCCCAGAGCCGGUCAGGGUCAUCUGGCUGCAGGACGGGUCUCCUCUCAACUCCCUGGCGGACCCGGUGGCCCUGUCGCCCUCCACACUCAAUCUCACAGGUUUGAACAGGACCUGCACCUUCUCGUGUGAAGCUCAUAACCGCAAAGGAGUGGCCACGUCUGGAUCAGGCACCAUCACUGUUCUGCCCUCACAGCCUCACAAUCUGAGGGCCGUGGAGAUCACUCGCACCAGUCUCCGUUUAUCAUGGCAGCCGGGCUUCGGAGGGGACUACCCCAUAGUGCGCUGCUCUGUUCAGGCCAAACACUCGGGAGAGCUGUUGGCCGCAGGCCCAGAUAAGAUGAUCCACAACCAGAACGUGAACAUCCCACCAGCCGCCCACCUCAUCGGGGACCUGGAGCCCCACAGCCUCUACAAUGUCAGGGUGGCCUGUGACAGCAGUCAGGGCCCGUCCGACUGGUCGCCCUGGAUGGAGCUGCGCACCAAAGAAGGAGUGCCAGAAAACCCACCUGUUAACGUGACCGCGGCGCUAAACGGGACAGAGGUGCUGAUGGCGUGGGAGGGGCCUCCGGGGAAGCUGAACGGAGACCUACAGGGCUACAGGGUGGAGUACAGCACGCCUGCCACACAGCAGGUGGUCGUUGACGCUGGAUUGGACACCGAGCUGUCCAUCAAUCUGUCCGUCCCACUGUCCAACGUGUCUUUUCGAGUGUGCGCCUACACAGGGGCCGGGCAUGGACCCUGGACCCCCACGCAGACUCUGACGCUCAUUGCUCCUGAAAUGGAGGAGUUUAGAGGUCCGUCGUCACCCCCGGCCUUUUCCUGGCACUGGUGGUAUGUGGUGAUGGCCAUCGCCGGCGCCGUGGCCAUAGCUGUGCUCAUGGCUGUUUACGUGGCCAAGCUGCGGCGCAAGGAGACGCGCUUCGGAGAGGCCUUUGAACCCAUGAUGGAGAGUGGAGAGCUGGUGGUCAGGUACCGCGCUCGCCGCACCUACAGCCGCAGGACGACAGAGGCAACAUUGAACAGCCUGGGCAUCAGCGACGAGCUGAAGCAGAAGCUCCAAGAUGUGAUGGUGGACAGACACAAACUGACCCUGGGGAAGACCCUGGGAGAAGGGGAGUUCGGCUCCGUGAUGGAGGGGCUGCUGACCCAGGAGGAGGCCGCGCUCAAAGUUGCUGUCAAGACUAUGAAGAUCGCCAUCUGCACCCGCUCAGAGAUGGAGGACUUCCUCCGUGAGGCUGCCUGCAUGAAGGAGUUUGACCACCCCAACGUAAUGAGGCUUCUGGGUGUGUGUCUGCAGACCGUGGAGAGUGAGGGUUACCCCUCCCCUGUGGUCAUCCUGCCCUAUAUGAAACAUGGUGACCUGCACAGCUAUCUGCUAUACUCGAGGCUGGGAGACUGUCCUGUGUACCUCCCGUCUCAAAUGCUGGUGAAGUUCAUGGCCGAUAUUGCCCGAGGGAUGGAGUACCUCGGCAGCAAGAACUUCAUCCACAGAGACCUCGCUGCUCGCAACUGCAUGCUCAAUGAGAACAUGAAUGUGUGUGUGGCCGACUUUGGCCUCUCCAAGAAGAUCUACAACGGCGACUACUACCGACAGGGGCGGAUCUCCAAGAUGCCUGUCAAGUGGAUCGCCAUCGAGAGCCUGGCUGACCGCGUCUACACCACCAAGAGUGACGUGUGGUCAUUUGGAGUCACCAUGUGGGAGAUCGCCACGCGGGGCCAGACUCCGUACCCCGGGGUCGAAAACAGCGAGAUUUACGACUACUUGAGACAGGGAAACCGUCUCAAGCAGCCUCCAGACUGUCUGGACAGCAUCUACGCCCUGAUGUUCUCCUGCUGGCUGCUGAGCCCGAAGGACCGCCCUUCGUUUGAGUCCCUGCGCUGUGAGCUGGAAAAGGCCCUCGAGGAUCUGCCGGACCCCCAGGACCCCGACGAGAUCCUGUACGUCAACAUGGAUGAGUCCACCAUGGAGCUGGGUGCCGUCGGUGGCCGCGACCCCAUGGCGAUGCCCUCCCCCCUCUGCCUGAAGGGCCUGGACUCCGUGACCACCGUGGAGGUCCACCACCCCAACCGCUACGUGCUCUGUCCCCAGCACGAGACCAACCGAGCCCUCUCCGAAUCCCUGGAGAGCCUGGACAUGCCGGUGUCGUCCUCCACUGCCACGCUGCCUCUACAGCCGUCCUGCCACUCCACCCCCAACCCCACCCCAGCUCCGACGCCUACAGUCGAGCCGCUGGAGGACAGGGAAGGGACCAGGAAAGUGCCCUGGCAGUGAUCGCUUCACUUUUUAAAAGACUGACAAGACUGGUCAUGGCCAUGGUGUGCCAUCCGCUCUCACCCUGUCCAAGAACUAAACCCGGCCUCUGACCGAAACCCGACGUGCCCCCCAACAUACAUGUACAUAUUUCGCACACACACAAGCAGCCGAACACAUUCCAGCGAAGUGAAGGAUUGGGAUUAUGUCUUUUGUCAACUCCGCUCUCUUCUAAAAUGAGCACAAUUACGAGAGAGUGUAAAAGUCUAAAGUCGGAGUAACACAGUUACCGAUAGCAAACGGUGGGUGAACAAGUUUAGAGCACAUGUUGCUGCCCGCACACACACACACACACACACACUGCAGCACAAUCAGAGUAGUGAAUUCCCAGUCGCUCUAGCAAUAAAAUACCAUAUCUGCAGGUCUACCUUUGAACAACACAGUGAUCUCCUCCGUGUGACUAAGCUAAAAAAAAAAAAAAAAACAGCUCAGCCACUGCCAGACUGAUUCCACAACUGAACAAACUCAGGGGCUUGUACUCCCCAGUGUGCAAGUCCCAUCAUGGAGGAAUCGCACCGCCAGAGUAAUGUGUUCCCCUAACGGAGAAACCUCAGCCAUUUGUGCUACUGUCCCAACUCGGAGCAGCAACAUCAACAACGACAACAGAAAGAAACAAUCGGAGGAUUGUUGGGGAGCAAAGGAAGCAGCAGAAUCUCUUUCCCUGAACUUUCUGCUUUAACUUUAGACUGAAGAACAGCAUCAACCUCUGUUGGUUCACAGCUUCAUGGACCAAUGUCAUCCUUCAUCUGAAGUUCACCAUGCAUGCAGACGAUUUACCCAGUGGCGAAUUUUGUGCGUGGAGGGGGAUCACAACUGAAGGUUUUAAGUGAUAACCAAAAUCAGCAAAGAAAAUUAAAUUCCACUUUGGGCUUUAGAAGGGCUUUUUCCCGUGAAACUGUUAUGAACAAGGAAACCCACAGCACCCCCGCCUCUUCUCGAAUGGGUUUCACUCCUAGUCGCCGCAUCAGGCACAAAUGUGAAAGGUUUCCUCGCUGACGGGCGAGACGCCUGCCCGCUCCAACUGGUCGGUGCGUCGUCGUCAUAACUCAGGAAGCUGAGACUUUGCUCUACAGGCACAGAGGUACAAGUCAACUCGAGAGGGCACAAACAAUAAUAAGGUUUGCAGGUGGACUGUGGAGGUGCAAGUCAAAUCAAAAAGGGUACAAAUGAUAAAAGGUAGGCAGAUGGACUGCGGGUAGGUACGGACAUGACGGAGUUACCCGAGGCAAAUGGUAGGAUAAGCUCCUCACCUUUGCUUUUGGCACAAGCACAGUGUUAUCACACAUUUUGUAAUUACUUUUUUUUGUUAUGCUGAUCUUUGUUUUUCUACAACUUUGCACUAAUGUUUUUAUAUCAAUGUAUGGUUAUAAUUUGCAUAUCUUCUAAGCUUUUAAAAAAAAAAAAAAUCUUUCCGUAUAUUCUCAGUCAUUCUGUAGACAAACUUCAAACCCGUCCACAUAUAACAACUCGCAUAUUCGUCGAGGCAGAGAACGAGGCCUGUGAAAGCGUUGCCGAGCGCUGACCUCCUCUCGAGGGAGUGUUCUUCUAUGUAAAUGAGCACAAACUGGGAAACACGACUAACCUCGCCAUCCGACGUCCCGAUCCUGCCACUCUUUUAUCCGGGUAUAAAUUUGUCUCGCGAGGUUUGGCACUGUAAAUAGACUAUUAGACUGUUACCAGAGUACCCGGGGGGGGGGGGGGGGGGGAGACAGAAAGCAGCAGCUGAAAACCGAAUGUACGCGGAGAUCAUGCAAACCUCUGCUUUGGGGUCGCUCGGCUGCAACUUGGCAUCAUGCAUGCACUUAUUUUUUUUUCUUCAUAUGCUUGAGUUCAUUAUUCUGUCUUCGGAGGGGGGGCUAGACCAUAGUCCAACACACACUUUGGGAGAAUGACAUUUGUUUAAAUGCGGCGCUGUGUUUCUCAGUUGUAUAAAUCAAUGGUACUUACAUAUUAGACAGUAUACGGUGGAAUGUCAUACUCGUAGCAUUACUGAAUACCUUGUUAAGAGAACGAGUGCCUCUCUUGCAAUCCUUUUGGGUACUGUAUGCUCAGUGUGCGAUAGUCCUGCACUGUUUUUUGGACCACAGACAGUGGGGCUGAGACUGAGGCGCCGGUCUAAUUUCGUCGGUAUGAAUAUUUCUAUAUAUUAGUUGAAAUGCAGCAGACACACUGUCUUAUACCAACCAGGGUGUUCCAAACAGUCUGGUCCCUAAACUUGUCUGUUGACAUAAACAAAAAACUGAUCUUUCAAACAGGUUCCAGAGGAGAAAAACACAACCUGAAACUCCAUCGUGAUUUAAUUCACUUCAGCAUGAAAUUGUCCGAAUUUCACAACUUUACCAAGUGCCUUCAGAGAGAGCCAGUAUUUGACAUCACAUGUAAAUGUGAGAGUGGAUCGUGAUUCUCCGUGAUCGUGCGUUGAAUUGGGAGGAGACUGUACUAUAACUGCCUUUAUUAUUGUCACUGUUAUGAUUUGUAAACAGAUUUUUUUAUAUACAGUUCGUACAGUAUUUUGUAUAAGAAAUAAAUGUUCAUCCGUGAAUGAGA